CCAGCAGCGCCUCGACUCUCAACCUACAGAGAGCCGGCAUCCCCAUCUCUCUCUCUCUCUUUCUCUCUCUCAUUCUCUCUCUACAUCAUACUGGGCUUUUGCUGUAACCUCCUUCGCUUCACUCAGUAGCGCCGGGCGUCUCAACGCGGCAACACGUUUUGGAGGGAGAUUUUUGACAUUUCAUUCUCUCCUACAAACAACCCCCGUGUGUAUAGGGAUCCGCCCACAUUCACGAAACUACCCACUUUUUUUUUGGUAACUAAACUUCAACGUGUAAAAAAAAAAAAAAAAAAAAAAAAUUCCCCCUCAAUUUUAUUUAAAUAUUUUUUACAAAAAAAAAAAAUUUUUAUUUUUUUUUAUUUUUUCCCUUUAAUAACAAUGUGCAAAAAAAGAAUUGGAUUAAUAGAAAAAAAAAUUCAAUGAAAAUUUUUAAAAGUGGAUAUUUCAAAUAAACGAAAAAAAAAAAAUGGAAAUUUCGGAUUAUUAUCCAACAUUAGACGGAGGUGGUGGUGAUAACAACAAUGUUAGUGACAGUGAUUCUGGUGUUGAAAAAGUUUUUUGUAACUGUGUUUGUUGUGAUUAUUAUGAUGAUGAUGAUGUGAAGGAGAAAUUAAUAAAAAAAAGUGGAUUUUCAAGGAUGUACUUGGUGACAAUUAGUGUACUUAUGAUCCUGAUGAGCCAUCCUCAGGGAAUGAUGGCCCACUCGAGUAAGGGUGGAGACAUAAGAGUGAAUGUCAUAGUGCCUAAGGAAGCCGAAGUUGGCACAUCCAUAAAUUUAAAAUGCGAGUGGAUUCUCAGUAAAGGGGAUACUCUUUACUCGGUAAAAUGGUAUAAAGACGAUCACGAAUUUUUUCGAUACGUUCCCGACCAGAAUCCAAAAAUUCAAACAUUUCCAUUAAACGGAGUCUAUCUUGACAAGACGGAGAAAACGGAGAAUUCGAUACGGUUGACGGAACUUACUUUGGGAAGUUCCGGCCAAUACAAGUGCGAAGUAUCCACGGAGGCACCAAACUUCGCCACAACUUAUCGCAAGGCAAAUCUCACAGUCAUUGUACCACCGGAAAGAAAUCCAGAAAUCAACGGUCUGGCUGGUGAAUACACAAUUGGUGAAAAUAUCACCGCUAACUGCACAGCUUUUGCCUCAAUUCCAAAGGCAAAAAUGCAUUGGACCAUUAAUGGAGAAACGGUCUCGAGUAAAAAUACAGUGAAUCAUCCGCCAAUGCAACCAAUCAACCCCUACGGUGUUGCCAUUGUUCCCAACAGAAUUGGAUUGCGAAUACAAGCUGAUGCAAAGCAUCAUGAUCGUGGUCGUAGUGAAGUCAAAAUUCGAUGUAUAGCAAAAGUGGGUUCAAAAAAUUACGAGACAGAGAAACGAGUUACAAUUUAUCAAUUGGAUAAUCAAAGGCUGCGUGCCAGUGAUCUUAGAGGAGGUUCCUAUUCAAUUCGCGGUGAAAUUUUACCCGUUAUCUUACCAAUUUUCUUGGCAUUAUUUUCAACGUGACCUGUACAAGAGGGCAAUACAAUCAGUCGAUUUUUUUUCUAGACAACGUGAUGUCAGUAUUAUUUAAUAUACUCGUUUCACGUCGGUUCAGUGUCAGUCGUCCGAUCCUUCGUAUAUAUAUAUAUAAAUAAAAAUAUUAUAUAUAAAUACAAAAGUUAAAAGAAAAGAAAGAAGAAAAAAAAAACCUUUAAAAAUUAAGAGUUAUAAAUUUGUAAAUGAAAUUCGAUGUUGAAUGAAUGUGAAUAAAUGAUACCAUAAGCGUUUUACAUGAUGAGAUGAGAUUAAAAAGUAUAAUCAUUAUUCUCAAUUUCAAUAUUAAUUUAAUUUAUUUAUUUGAAACAUUUUUCCCUGAGAAAUAAUUGAUUUCUUUUUUAUCUAAAUCUCUUAAAAUGAAUCAACGAAAUUUCAAAUUAAGAGAAAAUAAUUACAAACAACGCUGUAAUAAUAUUUAUCAAUUUUUCUACUGAAACAUACAGUCAACGAAAAAUUAGAAAAUGUUUUUUAUAUCCAAUUUUUUUAUUUUAUUGCAAAAAAGUUGUUUUUAUAUAUAUUUACUAUUUAUAUAAUUUAUAUAUAUAUAUAUAAUAAUAAUGAAAUAAUGUUUUGGGAGAGAAAGUGAUGAAUUGAUUCCAUAUCAAAGUGUGUCUUUUUCGGUAAGUUUUUGUCACCAAUUAUAACCGCUUAGAAUUAUUAUUAUUAUUAUUAUUGUUAUUAUAUAGGUAUAUUUGGAUGGCAAUAAUUCUCAUCAAGCGCCAAAAAAUAUAAUGUGUUAAAAAACAAAUGUUUUAUCAAUUAUCUCCAAACGUUAUGUAUUUUUUUUCUUGAAAAAUUGUUAAUAGAGUUAUUAUUGCUAUCCAAUUUUUGUAAAUAAAACAAGAAAAAAAACUGAUUUUUCCAACGAUCAAUCUCAUCGUGUAUAUAAUAUAUUCAAAAAAAAACCUUUGAAAGUUAGACAAACUAUUUAUUAAAAAAUGCGGCCAACGUUUUUCUGUCAAUUUUAAAAGGGGUGGGGGGGGAAAUAUUAUUUUUCAAAAACACAAUUAUUAUUAAUCCAACGAAACAUAACGAAAUUUUGCACACAUUACUAAUUAUUAUAAUAAUGAAAAUCGUUGUAAAAUUAAAUAAUUUCCAAAUUGAAAAAAUAAAAAAAAAAUUUAAAACAUUAAUAAAUACCGAUAAGUAUAUUCAAAAGUUUUAAUCAAAUUUCCCGCCCAAGCGAAUUUAAAUUUUCAUUUAUUAAAACAAUAUCAGGAGUUUAAUUUUUUUUUUCUCGUCUAAAAUGAAAUGUAAAUGCAGCGCAUAAUUUUCAACUUUACGUUAUAAAAAAAAAAAAAACUGAAUACCAACUUUUUCCCCCGUUUCUAAAUUUGUUAAACACAAAUUAAACUUUUAGAAAAUAUAAAAAAAAGGUAUAUUUUUAAAACGAAAAAAAAAAAUUAGAAAAAAAUCGGCGUUUAAGUUUAAAAGAAAAAAAAAAUUCUCCACCUCUCAAGGAGGAUUGCUUCUUGACCUAAAUGGAUGUCUUGCCAGUGAUUUCUUUAUCUUUCUCUCUCUCUCUCUCUCUUUCUCUCUCUUUCUCUCUCAUUCUCUAUUUCUAAAGUCAUCUUUCUACUCGUGGAAAUUAUUUUCUGAAAAUCCUGUCGCAGACACGACUCGUGGUCAAGUCAAGAUGCGGAGCAGAUGAAUCAAUAAGAAAGUCAGCCAUGUCAAAACCAUUACUCGAUGUCCCACGAAUGUAAGUUAAAGUGUUCGCAGAAAGACGGUAAAACGUUGGCCGGAAAACUGUGAAAGAAUUCACGGAUUCCGUUUUACAGUUCGCUCGGCUGCUCCUGACACUGAGACCGGAGAUAUAGAAGAAUAAAAUAGACAAGGGAGAAGUCGAGAUUUUAAAACUUAUGGAAUGAGAAAUAGACGUCAGUUAAAAAACAAGAGGAAAGUGAAUUAAUUUUAAAACUAGUAAUAUAGUUAAAAAUGAUAACGAAUAAAAAAAAAGAAAAAAAGAAUAUCAACUCAAUGAAAACUGAGAAAUAGAAAAAGGGUUGAUAAAAAGAAGGCUCUCUUAGAAAUAUGAAUAUAAUUUAAAUUUAUAAUUCGAAAUUACUCUCCAAAUCCGUUCUUUAAAAUUCUUUAAAUCUAUUUGGUUAUAUGGAAUAAUAAAAUAUUAUUUUAUACAAAAUAAAUUAAUUUAAUUGUCCAAUAAUAAUUAUUAUAACAAAAUUUAAAAAGAAAAAUUUAUUAUCAAAUAUUAUUAAAUGUUUUAAGUCUGUAACUGAAAAGGGUUUUUUUUUUUAAACAAAUUAUAAGACAAAAUUACAGUAUUUUCAAUUUGAAGAGUCGAAUUAUAAAUUCUUUUUUCCAAGCAAUUAUAUUCUGUUUGAUAAAGUAUCAGCAGAUAAAACUUUUUUUUUUUUCUUAAAAAGAAAAAGAACGUUGUUUACAGGAAAAUAUUUGUAUUCAAGAGGAAAUCUCCGUAAAAUCGACCCUCUAAUUGCUUCGGAAAUAACAUUUUCCCCUCCAAAGAUAAUAAGGGUUAAUUUCAGAAGGGUUACAGAAUUUCUAUUAUAUUUCUCAUUAAUUUUGAUAAUUUUUUUUUUCUGUUAACAAAUAAGAAAUGAUUUUCUUCUAAUUUGUUUUAAUUUUAAUAAAUUAAAAUAAAAAAUAGAGAACGAAACAAAACACACCUAGUCAUCAUUUUUUAAAAAAAAACCUUAAUUAUAAACAAUUUUUUCUCUUUAAUAAUUUUAAUUGCUUUCAUAAACUGAAAAUUCAAGAAAAUUUAUUUUAUCUUUUCUAUUUGAAUUUUUUGAAACAAUUUGUAAAUUUUCCAGACAAUUUUUCCCAUAUACAUAAUUAAUUAUACUUAAAUUUUCUCAUAUAUAUAUGUAUAUCAAUUUUUAUUGCUACAAAGACGUAAUCAACUAAUUAGCAUAUUUUGUUAAUUAUUCAAACGCUCGAGUAUAGAGAAAUAAAAGCAAAAAAAAUUAGAACACGAGAGAAAGAGAGAGAAAGAGAUAAGAACAACAGAAAAUAUAAACAGAAAAAUGAAAUAGAGUGAAGUGUAUAUAAAAAAAAAAUUGAAAGAAAAAUGUAAUGCAAAAAUCGAAAAACUAUGUAAAUAGCUGAAGGAAGAAAAAAAAAUCCACGAGAUGGGGAAAAGACAUAAACGUAAUAAAGAAAAUAAUAAGAAGUAGCAAGGUGUGAAUAAAAAUAUGCGACUUAACGCUGCGACUAAUGUCGCUGCACAUAUCACACAACACCACCGAUAAAUUUUCCUCUCAAAAAAAAUAAUGUAAAAAAAAAAAACUCAUCUAGACACUAUCUAACAAAAGCAAAAAUAUACACCUCGUAAAAUAAAUACACUCAUAUAAUAAUAUGGAACAAGUCAGUAAAAAUUCCAGUAGAUUAAGUGCCAAAAGAAACGCAAGAUUUCUCUUCUAUGUGGGAAGAGGGAAAAUGGACAAAAUGCCAUAUUUUUUGUUAUAAUCAUCGUAAUAAUUGUUCUCACAUAUAAAUAGAAGAAUAUAUACGUGGGCGAACAAAACAAUGAUUUAUCCUUUGAAAUAAAAAAAACACACCGAGAACAGGAGUGAAAAAAAAAAAUUUUUUUUUUUUAGGGUUAAUGAGCAACUUUUUAUGUCGAAAAAGCACACCUAUUAAAUAUAAGGGCAAUUUAUGCAUUGCACUGUUCACGUUCGCAAAUUACUACCGCGCUGUUAUGAAGGUUCGUUGGGAGCUUUCAAGUUCCAACUAAUAACAUAUACGCGCUAUAUCGCUUCUGGCGACAUGAAAAGUGAGCGAAUUUAUUAUACCACUAUAUUUCGGAAAAUGUCCUUAUUAUUUUCAUUAAACGUCAAUUAAACAUUUUAAUAAUAAUUUUUUUUUUUUUGUAAUGUCAUUCAAAAAGAACGGUCAAGUGGCUGAAAAUGAAAAGUAGAAAUUAUUUUUUUUUUCUUUGAAUCCUUAAUUUUCCUAUUUCGAAACUUCAACACUGAAAAAAGGGUUUGGUAUUGACAACCAAACGUUUAGUUCGUAUUUAAGCAACCAAAAUUUUUUUGUUGAAUCAACAAAAUUUUAAUUGUCUGAAUCAAAAUUUUGUUUGACACAAUCAAAAUUAGAAAAAAAAGGAUUUUUGUUGUCCUAACUAAAAUUUGGUUGGGACAACCAAAAUUUUGUUGAUUCAACAAAAAAAUUUUGUUUGCUUAAAUACCAACCAAACGUUUGGUUGUCAAUACCAAAUCCUUUUUUCAUUCAACUCCAGACAUUUCGAUAUUUAAUUCCACAAAAGUGAAAACCAUCUCCUAAUAAUUUGCAAAUUUUUAAAUCUAAUUCAGUUAAAAUUUUAAUAUAAUUUUUUGCACUAAGAAUUAAAAUACCCAAAAAAAUGUAUUUCUAUUUGUUUAUUAGACAAACUUAUUUAAUUUAUUGCAAAAAGUUAAAAUUUUAAUUGUAUUUAGAGUGUAUAACCGAAUUAUCAAAAAGUAAAAUAAAAAUUUCAAUAUGUGUAUAAAAUAUUAAUAUUAUAUUUUAAUCAUUAAAAUAUCGUAUAGUAAAAUAAUUGCCUCUCUAAAUUUGAAUUAGUGAAAAAGUCACUGGUCUCAAAUUAGUCGAUAAAUUCUAGCUAUUUGAAUCAGUAACAUUUCACUGAUUUUCAGUCAAAGUAAUUGAUUCUCCAGUGAAAUGUCAAUGAAAACCACUGAUUCAAAUAGCUAGAAUUUAGCGAAUGAUUUGAGACCAGUAACUUUUUCACUGAUUCAUAUUUAGAGAGUGCAAUUUUAAUUCAUAUAGCAAAAAGUCAGUCAUUGAUUAAAAUUAUUAAAAAAAUGUAACAAAUAAACAUUUUUUUUUUUUUAAUAUUUUCAUAACAAGGAACAAAGUACGAAAAAUAAUCAUGUAAAAACAAAAGCACUCACUUAGAACUCAUUUUAAAAUACCGUUUUUAACCAUAAUAAUCAAAAACAACUGCUCCUGAAAAUGUUUUUCUUUCUCGACAUUUUUCCUCGACCUUUUGCUUCAAACUACUUAAAUAACGAAUACACCCGUACAUAUAUACCAGUCUGCCUAUAUAUUUAUGUCAUGAAACAUUUUCUCGCUAACAUUUACGUUUUUCUUUCACUUCUUCAUUACCUUAUUCGUUUUCCCGGAAAUUUUAUGACUGUGUAAUUAAACAUCAAGCUGGCAAUAUAUACAUAUACCUAUAUAUAUAUAUAUAUAAAAAACACAAGUAAGAUCAUUCUUAGAAUCGGCUUUUUUAAGGCGCCUCCCUUUUUUUUAUGUGAAUUUAACUUGGUUGUAGCAUUUUUUUUUUUUACCACUCUCGCAACUUGUUUUAUAGUUCAAUUAUCAAGCUACGUAACAAUGUACAGAUUGAAGCACUAAAAAUUUCAUUUCUGACAUGCAGGCGAUAAAGUACAUCAGAGCCUUCGUAGAAUACACCUUUUUCUCUAUUUUUAUUAUUACCUUUUUUAAUUUCUAGGUAGAAAGUCUCUGUCUGGAAGUUAAGUUUCCUCAUUUUUUUUUUCUUUUUGGUUUUUUUUUUUGUCACGAAAAAAAAUCAUGGUGAAAAUGAACACAAAGAGAUCGUUUCUUUGACAUUAUUCUCGUCAUUAUUAUUUUUAUUUUAGCCGGUCUCAUUAAACUUUACCCAGAGAACUUUUUGUUUUAUAAACAAUACAAUUUUCUCUAAAAAUAUAAACUUUUUGUCUUGCAACAUUUUUUCUUUUUUUUCCCCCUAAGUGACAUUUCUUUUCAUUUCACCCCAAUGGGAAACUGCCACGAGUAACCAUUGGCGUAUUAAUGGCCCAAUGAUGGGAGCCAAUGAAAAAACCAUUGGCACCCAAUAAUGGACCAUUAUUGGUAAAGUCAUGGGCUGUCCACGCCGAUGCCAAUGAUUGGCAACCAUCAUUGGCAAAUUAUUGGCAACCAAUAAUUAGCCAAUAUUAAAAAUUUUAAUAAUAAUUUAAAAAAUCAAUAAUUUAAAAAAAAAAUUAUAUUUUUAUUAUUUUUUAAUAGUUAUUAUUAUUAUUAUUUUAUUUUUAAUAAUUAAAUUAAAAUAAAAAAAUGGUCAUCAAAGUAUUAGUGAAACUAUUUCUUCCAAAAAAGAGUUUGUCUCAAAUCCAAUUAAUAGAAGAGACAUCGGGCAGAAAAAAAUUUCGACGAGAAAAAAAUUU